UCACUUCCCGGCUGGCCGCGUCACGAUUGGUCUUGUCUUCAGUAACAGAAAGAGGAGAAAGAAACAGGAAGUGCGCGAUCCAGUGCGGGAGGCUGAUAACGGUGAGGCUUCCCCGCACAUAGGGGCGGUGAGUGCAUGUGCCCAGCCCAUCAUUGUGUCUUCCUGCUUCUUUGUCCAGCAGAUGCAGCGUGAGGUCUGAGGAGGACAAGGCUGAUCCGCUGGAGACCUGACCAGUAGUGGAGACAUGGAUCCUUGUCCCAGAUAAUGUCCGGCAGUGGACAUGAAGAGGAGGAUGGAGAGAAGCCGGAUUCCUGAUCUUGCCGCUGCAACAUGUACGACGUUCUAGAUGAUUGUGCUUGCUUGGGUUGCAUUUUACGCUAGCAGAAGCCUCGUGCAAGGUUUUCUGCUGCACUUUGGGCGCCAUACAGUUCAUGUAAAUGAACAUUCGGGGACCAGUAACAUGGGGAACAACUGUGUGUGCAGAGAAGACAGUGACGUGGAGGACAAUGUAGACUCCCCCAGUCAGCAAACUGAAAACCGCAUUGCACCUGCCAGUGAAUCUAGAAACCGCCCAAGAGAUCCAGUAAGACCUCCUAGGAGGGGAAGGGGACCACACGAGCCACGGAGGAAAAAGCCAAAUGUGGACGGCCUGGUGCUGGAUACUUUGGCCGUCAUCAGGACUCUUGUGGACAAUGACCAGGAGCCCCCCUAUUCUAUGAUCACUUUGCAUGAAAUGGCAGAAACAGAUAAUGGCUGGCUGGAUGUGGUGCAGUCCCUCAUUAGAGUCAUUCCAUUAGAAGAUCCCUUGGGUCCAGCUGUCAUUACGUUGCUACUGGAUGAAUGUCCGCUGCCAACAAAAGAUGCCCUGCAGAAGCUGACAGAGAAAUUAAACCUAAGUGCGGCCACAGCGAUCCAAGACUCCAGUAAUCCCGCCAAACACCGUAACACAACUGCUGUAUUAGGAUGCUUGGCUGAGAAGCUGGCAGGUCCUGCCAGUAUCUCUCUGCUUAGUCCCGGGAUUUUGGAAUAUUUGUUAGAAAGCUUGAAUUUCAGGUUCCAUCCCAUGGUCAUUCUGUUUGCGCUGAUUGCACUGGAGAAGUUUUCACAAACAAGUGAAAAUAAAAUGACUGUUUCAGAGUCUCAGAUCAGCGAUCGUCUUCUUCUGCUCGAGACGUGGACCAAUAACGGAGAUUUCUUGAAGCGUCAGGUUGGCUUCUGCGCCCAGUGGAGUUUAGACAAUUUGUUCAUAAAAGAAGGGAGGCAGCUGACUUAUGAGAAAGCGGAUUUGACGCCCAUUAACGCCAUGCUGAACAGCAAUGAUGUGAGCGAGUACCUCAAGAUUUCUCCGUAUGGAUUAGAAGCUCGGUGUGAUGCUUCCUCCUUUGAGAGCGUUCGCUGCACAUUCUGUGUAGACUCUGGUGUCUGGUAUUAUGAAGUAACUGUCAUUACCUCUGGAGUUAUGCAGAUCGGGUGGGCGACUAAAGACAGCAAAUUCCUCAAUCAUGAAGGAUACGGCAUUGGGGAUGAUGAGUAUUCGUGUGCGUAUGAUGGCUGCAGGCAGCUGAUCUGGUAUAAUGCGAAAAGUAAACCUCACCAACAUCCUUGCUGGAAAGAAGGAGACACCGUCGGCUUUUUACUGGAUUUACAUAAAAAGUUGAUGAUCUUUUCUCUUAACGGGAACCAACUUCCACCCGAGAAGCAAGUUUUCUCUUCCGCCACGUCUGGGUUUUUUGCUGCAGCAAGUUUCAUGUCUUAUCAGCAGUGCGAGUUUAAUUUUGGAGCCAAGCCCUUUAAAUAUCCACCUGCAAAUAAAUUUAGCACUUUUAACGAAUACGCCGUUUUGGCCCCUGAAGAAAAGGUCAUUCUGCCAAGGCACAGGCGCUUAGCACUGUUGAAACAAGUCAGCAUUCAGGAGAACUGUUGUACGCUGUGCUGUGAUGAGGUGGCAGACACAGAACUGAAGCCUUGUGGACACAGUGAUCUCUGUAUGGAGUGCGCUCUUCAGCUGGAGACUUGUCCACUGUGUCGACAAGAGAUAAAGACUCGCGUCCGCCAAAUUUCCCACAUCUCCUGACCACUGUGGAGUAAACGCAGGAAGAUAUUCUUUGCUACUUUUUUUUUUUUUUUUUUAAACGAACGAGACGCUGUCUAAAAGCAAACAUUUGCAAGUCUUUUGUAUUCGCUUCCGAUGAGAGAAAAUGGCCAUAUCU